AUGCACGUUGGUUCCAAAUUUACAACAUGGCGGUUCCAAAUGUUUAGCAGCCCAAGUUAUGUGACACCGUACGGCUCUGGAAGAUACGAAAAUGUCGAAGUCUGGUACGUCGGUCAGACCAAAAAUGUCGCAUAUGACCUUACCGGAACCGGACUCGAAGACUAUACAGUAGCGCUCUGGCAACUACACACAUCUGGUCAAGGAGCCAGUGAAGGCCCGGUUGUGAAUAAUAAUCAGGGCAAUACUGCAUUUACAGACUUCCCGUCGGCUUAUUUCAAUAUCAGCAACGAAGAACUGCCUGUAUCAUCUACUACGACAUCAUCCGCAAUAUCCUCAGCCGUGACUGCAUCAGCCAGUGCUGCUGUUAUGACGAGCACGAGCCGAGCAGCCACUCGGACACUGCAUAUUUCAGACAUGCCAUCAGCAACUGCGACAAGUGACUCGAAGUCAUCAUCUUCUACAUCAGGUGGUAUAUCCACAGGCGCUGGCAUUGGAAUUGGUGUCGGAGUAGGGGUCGCUGGUCUUUGCGCUGUCGCAUGUGCUAUUAUUGUCGUUCGAGCCAGACGGAGGAAACAGGGUCCUAGUGAGGAUUCAGCAGGAUUUGCUGAAUUGCAAAUCCUGCCUCGCCACAAGGGUAUCAAUUCAACGAUCAAGACAGCGCAUAAUAUGUAUAUGAGUGAUGUUGAUGUCCACCAAGUUUCAUCAGCUGAGCUCGACAGUCACGGCACUGCGCUAGUGGAGUUAGAUGCUAGCACAAUCAGACAUGGGUCAUGA